AUCACCACAGCAGGUUGCUAAUACAGUGUAGACUUCUGCUGUUUUAUUGUGGUAACACGGUUGUUUAGAAAGCAUAGGCCAAAUAAUAUGGAUCAAAUUUUGAAAUAAAAAUCGUAUAAAGAGUCUGAAAAUAGGGCAGUGAAUGUUUAACAUAAGGAUCAAAGCAACAGAUGUAAGGGGUCUUCUGAUUGGUUAACACUCAAGGGUCGGUAAAAAUUGUACGUCAAAGUACAAUUUUGUAUGUCGAAGUACAAAAUAAUGAACGUCGACAUAAAUAUUGUACGUCAACGUACAUUUCUCUUUUUACCUAGUAGGUUUUGUUGACUUUUGACCCAAAUGGUGCGUCAUAUAGAUAAGGCUAUUACUGAUAGGGGUUGCCUAGAGAUAAGGCUGUAGUAUGGAAUGAGUUAAUGUUUUAUUUGUGUGUGUGUCACAGAGUUACAAAUAUUAUUAUAUUAUUAUUUGAUUUUUGAUUGAGUACAUUAUAAAUUCAUACAAUACAAUAGUUACAGUUUUUAAGAUAUUGAAUUGAUUUCUGUGAAUAUGUUUGAAUAUGAUUUCUUUGUCUACUGAAUUGCAGUAGAAGGUUGCUUGGAACCACAUGUUUAACUUGAUAUGGAUUACAUUGUGUUAGUUACAGUCUUGGAAGUCUUCUCAUGUUAAAUUCACACUCAAUAUGCAGACUGUAUGCUGACUGUAUGCUUAUCAGUUCUAGCUAUAAAUAAUGACUGUGACUAAAGAUUCUUAGACUAGGUGCUAAUUAAUUACAGUCUUAUAGAAGUAAGGAAGUAAGGUACUGUAUGUUGGAUGAGAGAUAGAUAUGAUUGGUCAGUGAGAUGUGUGGGUGUGACUUGGCAUUAAGGAUCUGUAUUAUUGAUGGAUGAAUGAGAGAUAAGAUUGGUCAGUGAGAUGUGUGGGUGUGACUUGGUUCUAGGGAUGAAAGGGUUUCAAUAGAGUGACAAGUUAGUUUUAUAAAAGAAGGAAGUGGAGGUCAGUAAGAAAAAGUUAGAAAGUGAGUUACAAGAUAGAGAGAGACAGUUGGAAAUAGGAGGAUGGAAUUUGUUAAAUAAGAUCUGAUAAGAAUGUAAUAGAGUUAAGAAGGAAUGCUUAAGAAUGCAAUAUAGGAAGAGGGAAUUUGUUGAAAAUUAUGUGAACUAUAAAUGAAUAAAAGAGUAAACGCAGAAAGCGAGUUAUGUUAUGCCAUCAAUAACAAGGGCAUAGAUUUCCCCGGUCCGGUUACAUAAUGGUAGAGAAUCAGGGUAUGUUGGGAGUCUUGGGACCAACACGGUUGUGGAACUCAUAAAGGCUGGUUAUGAUGUGGUUGUCAUGGACAACCUCCCAAAAGCAAGCAUGGAGAGCAUGAGGCGGGUGAAUGAAAUCACAGGCAAGCAGGUGCCCACAUUCAGUAUCGACAUGUUGGACAAGGAUGCUUUCCGGGAUCUAUUCAAAAAGCACAAGAUCCUCUGUGUGAUGCACUUUGCUGGCCUGAAGACAGUAGAGGAGUCCUGUCACAAACCUCUUCUCUAUUACAAGACAAAUAUAGGCGGAACAAUCAGUCUUCUUGAGGGGAUGAAGGAGUUCGGUGUGUACAACAUGAUCUUCUCCAGUUCUGCCGCUGUGUACGGCUCACCCAGUUACCUGCCCAUAGAUGAGAAACACCCUGUAGGGGGCUGCAUCAACCCCUAUGGCAAGACCAAGUACUUCAUUGAGGAAAUCCUCAAAGAUAAUUGCUCUGCAGAAAAGCAAUGGAAUGUUGUGCUGCUGCGCUACUUCAACCCAGUGGGUGCCCACGUGACUGGCAAGUUAGGGGAAGACCCUCAAGGAAUCCCCAGUGACCUCAUGCCCUACGUAUCCCAUGUGGCUGUAGGAAGGGUUAAGGAGCUCACAGUGUAUGGAGUUGACUAUGAUACACCUGAUGGAACAGAGGUGCGUGAUUACAUCAAUGUAGUAGACUGGGCUCAGGGACAUGUGGCUGCCUUGAAGUAUCUCGAGAAGGACUGUGGCUUCAAGGUGUUUAACUUGGGAACAGGAAAAGGUUAUUGUGUGAUUGAAAUGGCCAAAGCCUUUGAAACUGCUUCUGGAAAACCUGUACCUUACAAGAUAGCCGGUCGUCAUGCUGGUGAUAUAGCUUCGUGUUACGCUGAUGCCUCUUUGGUUGAGAAGGAACUUGGAUGGAAGGCAAAACUUGAUCUUGCAAAGAUGUGUGAAGACUCAAUGGUUCUGGCAAUCCAAUAACCCGACAGGCUUCAGAACAGAGAGCUAGGA